AUGGCUUCGCGUUUCCGGAGCGAAGCGAUGACAUUGACGAGAACGGCAGUACGAUACUUCGACCGACCCAUCGACACACUCAAUACCAUACAACUCACCGCCUUGAAAAACAUUCAAACCUGGAUACAACACUACAUGUCGCUGAUUUUCCCCAACACACCAGCUGAGUCACCUGCCAGUCUCGACGAAGUCUUUCCCAUACCCUCGAUCCGCGACCUGUGGACGCAGAUCAACGUCCUUUUCUUCGGCUCUGACAUGUUCUACCGCAAAUCCAAAUUCCGUUGGCUCACUGAGUUUCACAUUCAGUAUCCAGACGUGAUGGGCGCAGCGUGGCGCGACUAUUACUACAAUAUCACGAUAGAACCAACUCUAGAUAGCUUCGACAUGCUUGGCACUCUGUUACACGAAAUCUGUCAUUCAUUCUUCCAACAAUACUCCUGUCAAAGCUGCCGUAGUCGUGCAGGAAACCUCUGCUCAGACGGCCAUGGACGCGCAUGGCAAAUUCUCUCUUCCGCUAUGGAACGCAAGUUCACGGAAUUUACUGGACUGCCGAUUGACCUCGGUCGGUUUGAGGCCAUACGACACCAUUGGAAAAACAGGGUUCAGUUGUCUACUUUACACGACUUUGGGGAUUGGGAAUUGGAGAGGCAGACCUUGAUGCGGAGUUAUGAAUGUGAUCUCCAGGCGGCGGUUGCGUCGCAUGUCGGACGAGGUGCGAAGGUUGAAGACUUCCCGUUGAAGGUAUAUGGUGAGUAUUGGUGGGUCGAUAUGGUGCAGGCGACAGACUUCAUGAGAGAGGCCGGGCUGGGCCGCGACAUGGACAUUCAAGCACAGGGUAAGCUACUGGAGUGA